AUGAGAGUAUUCAAAUGGUACCCCGACUUUAACGCCUAUUGUGAAUCUCCAAUUGCGGCGAUAUGGUGCAACUUAAUUGGGCUCCCGAUCCACCUAUACGAUCAAUCGGCCCUUUAUGCCAUUGGAAAACUUCUUGGCAACCCGAUCGAAAUAGAUAGAGCCAUGGCCAAAAAAUCGAGACUCUCCUUCGCACGUCUUUGUAUCGAGAUUGACAUAACAAAGGCUCCACCCGAGGAGAUCAUCCUAGAUAUUUGUGGGCGCCCCUUGGUGCAGCAAGUAAAGUGGGAUAAGAUCAUGUCUUAUUGUGUAGAUUGCAAACAUGUUGGACACAAAAAUGAAGUGUGUUAUGCUUCCGGGAAGACGGCUCGACCUCCAAAGCGAAAUUACAACAUAGCAACACCAAAACAUUCACAACAUGGAGAAAUAGGAACAAAAGAGAGUAAUGUUGAGUCAAGGAAAUCCGAUAGUAACAUGGAAUGGCAGCAACAAGGGAAGCACAAGGGGAAAGAAAGAAAUGCUCGGAUAAACCCGAUGGCCAAGGCACAAUCGGGGACGGAAUGGCCGGGACCGGACUUCUUGGGUGACAUGCAAGGACCGGGGUGUAAGGAAAUAGUCAUCGUCCACGAUGAGCGAUAUGACAACCAAUCUAGAGAACCAUCCGCCAAAUGGCCUUCAUUUGGUAGUGGGCGUGGGGGUAAGCCGAGAGGUGCGGACUUGGCGCGGCCCGCAGCGAACCCGACAUCGGGUAACCUUGUUCAUCCGAAAGGCCAUUUCAAACCCUUUGUUUUAACAAACACCGAAGCACAAGAAUCACCAAAUCACAUGAGCACUAAUCGGUAUUUCUCCCUCAUGGAGUGA